UUAAAUGGCCUUCAGAAAUCUGUAUUUCAAAGAGAUUAGGCUCUUUCAACAAAUAUUUGUUCACGUUCCCAGACAUUGAUGCUAUCAGUCUUUGACACAAUGGCAACCAAACUAGCUCUUUUCGCUAUCUUUGCGGCUCUAACUCAUGCCGUGCCUUUGGGAAAGGAUUUGGCUGCUGAUAUCAGCGAUGCCAAGCUCAAAGUUGGUAUUUUCGACCUCCAGGUGGUCAAUAUGCUCAACCAACUAAAUGUUCUGGACGUUUCACUUAAUCUGCCUAUCGAAGACUUGGCUCAAAAUAUCUUUGCUAACCUUGCUCUCAUCGCCAACCAGGCAGCUAUCGCGCCAGUGCGCCAAGCAUUCAGAGCUUUCAGAGAUGAAUAUAAUACCAACUCACGAGACCAGAGACAAAUUUUGGCUCAACAGUUACGCACCACCCUUUCAAGGAUCAACGAUCAACUUGACGUUGACCUGAACCAGGUCCCUAGCACUACUAAUUUGCUCAGGGCUGAAAUUGCAAACCAUGAUCUGGCUUACAAUGCGCUGUGGGAUUCUGUUUAUCUCCGCACAGGAGAGGCUAAAACAGCCAUCGACAAUGCUGUCAACGGCCAGGAUGGUCCAGAAGUCGUCCUUAUUUACUCAGACCUGCAGAAGAUUUAUGACAUUUUGAGUGCAGAGGACUCGGAAACUUUCAACGUCAAGAUUGUUUUCGACGCUCGCGGUUCAGAUACUCUUGUUGCACUUGAUCUUGUCAUUGGACAGAUUCCCUAGUUGCAGAAAGUUACCCUGCGCUAUAUGAAACCCAAUAAAUAUAUCUAGAACGCAUAGCUUGCAUUUUCUUGAUUUUUGUGUGAAAUAUGACGUUAAUAAAAUAAUAGUGAAAAUAAUU